GCUGCGUAAUAGUUCUCAACCACAAACGCUUACUCUGCACAAAGACGCAAAGUUCCAUAAAACACAAGUAAUUAUUAUUAGUUUCUACUUAAAUGAUAUGUUUGAGUCCCUGUCAUCUGUUCUGAUAAUUGUUUAAUUUUAUAAAUCUUUUUUUGAGCCAUAGCUUCUCCGUUCGGGCGCUCAGUAAAUAUUUGGAUAGCGGUGUUGUAUAUUAACUGAGAGCCGGCUCACUGCAUUACCAAUAAAAUCGGAGUUUGACUAACUAGCUGCAACAGUUAGCCCAGAGCAACACGGGCAGACCGGUUUUGAUAAUGCUUGCUUUGAGAACUUUAGGUAAAACAUGCAGAAGAAGCGCUGCGACGCUAUGGAGGCGGACCGCAGCUCAGAGUGCAGGUCAGAGAAUGGACAUUCGCGGCAUCUACCCUCCGAUAGCCACACCGUUCACAGAGAAAGAAGAGGUGGACUACCAGAAACUGCAUGACAACCUGCAGAAAUACGCCAAGAUGCCUUUUCGAGGCCUGGUGGUCCAGGGUUCGAACGGGGAGUACCCUUACCUGACAGCAGAGGAGCGGGUGGAGGUGGUGCGCAGGGUGAGGGAGGCCCUCCCCCGGGAGAAGCUGGUGAUGGCCGGAUCGGGCUGCGAGUCCACCAUGGCCACAGUGCAGAUGACUGAGCAGAUGGUUCAGGCUGGAGCGGACGCCGUCCUGGUGGUCACCCCAUGCUACUACCGUGGGAGGAUGGACAGUAAAGCACUCAUUCACCACUACACACAGGUGGCGGACUCCAGCCCGGUGCCUGUGGUCCUGUACAGCGUGCCCGCCAACACGGGCCUAGAUUUGCCUGUGGACGCCGUGGUGGCCCUCUCCCAGCACCCCAACAUCGUGGGACUAAAGGACAGUGGAGGCGAUAUCACAAGAAUAGCUCUGAUUAUUCACAAAACUAGCUCAGAGGAUUUCCAGGUACUGGCGGGAUCGGCUGGUUUCCUCCUGGCUGCCUACUCUGUAGGGGCAGUGGGCGGAGUGUGUGCCCUGGCGAACAUCCUGGGGCCACAGGUGUGCCAGCUGGAGGAGCUGUGCCUGUCUGGCCAAUGGGAGGCAGCAAAAGCUCUCCAGUACCGGCUCAUCGAACCCAACACCGCGGUGACCAGGAAGUUUGGGGUCGCAGCCCUGAAGCAGGCAAUGGAGUGGUUCGGUUACCAUGGUGGCGUAUGCCGCGCCCCCUUGCAGCCUCUCUCCGAGUCAGAGGUCAAGAUGCUGCGGCAGGACUUUUCCUCCAAUGGCUGGCUCUGAAUGGGGUAAUGUGCUGGGUGGAGGAGUUGGUGGGAGGAGUACCAACCCGUUCCAUUGGAAUGAGGUAUUAAAGCAGGGCGUCCUAAACUUUUGUCCUCCAUCUGAGCUCCUUUCACUCCACACCCCACCAUACUCUAACGUGCAAAUGGUUUUCAGAAAGCAAACAAAAAUGGAGUCCUGUCAUGCUGGCAUUAGAUAUUCGAUUUUGAUCACAACUGCCUUAAAAACAUCUGAUUAUAUACAAUACCAAUGACGGCAAAGGCAGGUGAAAAGCAACAAGAAUCAAGUCUGCUAAUACGUAUGUAUGGGUGUAUUAUUAUGUAGGGAUAAUCUAGCCAUGCAAAUACAUGUAAAUACCCAAAUGUAUUUUUAUUUUGGUUUAAUCUAACACUCAUGUUCUCAUGUGUGCGUGUUAAACAAAUGUUUAGUCAUGUCCAUUUUUACAUAUAAGUCUAACAGGGGAGCUGAGGUGCAAGGUUUCCAAAAUGUGCAGGAUAUCAGCCCAUCUGCUGUAAAAAUGAGUGUUCUGGUGCCUUAUGAUUAAACUCUUACCAAAAGUGAAGUAAUGGCAUUUUCUAGUUUAAUUUCUGAACUC